AUAUAAGGAUAAAGAUAAAAAAUAUAGUUAGAAAGAGAAAGAGAAACGACGUAAUAUGAUAAAGGAAAGAGAGAAGGAAAGAAAGAAAUAGGGAAAGAAGAAAAAUAAGGGGAAGAAAAGAGAAAAGGCCAACGCGAGGAUGAUCUUGACGCGCGUUGAACGCGUUUCUAUCGAGGGUUCGAGUGCGAUCCCGAUCGUAGCUCGACAGCAUCCGCCCGCGCAAUGGACCAGGCGCGUCGAAGGGGGCCGAGCGUUGGCGAAGCCGGUCGAACGCGGACGAAUAGUAGGCUCGAAUCGUGCUCGCGCGACGCAUCGGUUCGAACGCGCGCUCGAGUACCGCUCUUGGUUUAUCUAUCUUUCUCUCUUUCUCUGGCAUACACAUACAUAGAGAGAGGGAGAGACAGAGAGAGAGAGAGAGAGAGAGACACAAAUACUAACAGAGACUCAAAGAGUAGUAAUCGUCUUCGUCAUUCCUCGUGUCUCUCGACUUAACGCUCGCGCGCCAGACGUUCCGACAGGCAAACGCGUUCUCGAUACUCCGUACGUGCCGUGCGUUCGGUCGUUGCGCGCGAAAUCGAACUUUCGAUCUAUCGAAAUUUGAAAAGAGAUCGUACAAAAGAAAAGAAAGAACAACAACAACAACAACAACAACAAAUACAAAAAUAAGAGAAAGAAAAGGAAAGUAAACGGAAAAGAGAAGAAAGAUCGUGCAUAUCUUUCUUUCUUUAUUUCAUUAUUCAUUUCUUUCUUCAUUUCUUUCUUUCUCAUUUGACUUUUUCGUUUACUCGUCACAAGCGAGUUGGACUUGAAAAAAACUUGAGGACUCUAAAAGAGAGAGAGAGAGAGAGAGAGAGAGAGAGAGAGAGAGAGAGAGAAACAAAGGAAGAUAAAUGAAAUAACGUGAGGGUGAAAUAAGAAAAGGAAAAAAGAAGAAAAAGUUAAGUGCUCGAAACUUUGAGAAAUAAGAUUUCUGUGAUUAUUUCAUUGUGGUUUUUCUUCGAAAAUAAUAUUACGAAAGUGCAGAGCCAAGGAUCCUGGACUGAUGGAUUUUAUUUGUUUGUGCACCGAAGAUACAGAAAGAAGAACGACAAGACGGACGUGAGAAUUUAUCGUUAUACGUAAUUUUGAAUUAAUUCGUUCCUUCAGAAACGAAGAAUUCGUCGUCGUCGACGAUUGGAAAAGGAAGGAGCUUGCUCAUUGACAAAGUGGACAACGUCAGUAUAAUUCUCGUUAUGGAUUCCUUCUCGACGGGGGCACUAUGCAAACCGAGGAAGUCGUGCCUCGUGCACAAUCAACUGGCAUAGACUUGGCCCUAACGGACAAUAAUUUGCAGCAUCAUCUGCAUCAUCAUCAUUUAGCGCAAAUCAAGUGUCCAUUGGCGCCUCUUGCACAUAUGGCCGUUAAGCAAGAACCUCAGGAGGAGGAGGAACGUAGUCGUGAUACCAGCACACUUAGUCCGCAAACGGACACGAGUUCCGUGCAAGUGUCGCUUGAUAGUAAAAAUGGAAAUGAUCAGCAAUCCGUUCACCAUCGUCAGCUUCAAACGUUGGAGGAUGCUCCCGGUCAAACGUGUGCUUCAGAUCAAAUUAACAGGAAUAGAAGCAGCCGUGGCAGACGAAAGUCACGAUGGAAACUCAAAUUCCAUCAUCAGGCAUUACCGCCGGAGUAUUUGGAUCAUUACGAGGCAUCUCUUGCUCAGGAGGCAUUAAAUUCAUCCUCACCAACUCACACGAGCGAACAAACAGCACCGAGCCCGGCACCUACAAGUGCUACGUCUACGCCUAGUCCAAUCGCCGAUGUUCACGGUUGGUUGCAACGUAUAGCUGCCAUGCAACAAGAACUCUGUCCUCAAACAAUGCCACAACAAUGUAUGAACUUUAAUUCCGGUCAAUCGUCGGCAUCGAGACGAUCAGUGAUCACUUCGACUUCCUCCCACGCUUACACUGUACCCCAUCAUCAUCAUCAUCACCAUCAUCAUCAUCAUCAUAAUCACGCUCAACAAUCGUCCCAGCAGACAACCACGAGGCCACCUAUGAAGUAUUCCGAUUUACCUUACAUGGGUGAAAUUACGCUUGACAAUAGUAAACCUCGGAGAGGACGUAAACCAAAAAAGGCAGAUAUUUGUCAUUUGAUUUACAAGAACUAUGGUACUAUAUUGCCAGGCACACCUGGACACGAAGAAAAAAGGCUCUCUCCUCAAGAGAAACCUGAUUGUCGGGAUCAGUUACCACCUCAGAUACCAUUUCAACGAACAGACGUUCAGAAUAGGAUCAGCAGUCUUUUAGAAAAACGUCUUACUCAAGAGACCAGGCGGAAUUUCGUCUUGACGGAUACUACGAACGAACAGGACGAACCAUUGAAUCUCUGCAUCAGAGAUCUCAAUCAGUUGAAGAUCAGAUUGCUUCGGAAGCAUGGCAACGUUUACGAGUCCGGACAGGUGAAGAGUGAAGCUUCAAGUGACGGGGAAGACAUCGAGUGUUUGGGUACGACUUUUUCUAACUCUUCCAAUCGCUUAAUAGAUUCGACGAAUCACAUCAACAACAACGUUAAUCACGGAUCCGACGGAUCUACGGAUCCAAUGAUUACACCAAAUCCAGGAUUCGUGUAUUUUCCAAACGCUGGUGUUUUCAUACAUCCAAUGGCCCUACAAUCGCAAUUACUCUAUUAUCAAAAGAUGGCUCAGAAUGACAAAUGUUUCCCACGCGGCAUUGAAUAUUCUCAGAAAGAACAAAAAAUAGUCCCGAAAUCGAUAUACUCGAUGAUGGACACGAAGAGUUCGAGUUCGGUCUCACCAACUACUCCAACUACUCCAACGCAACAAUCCCAAACAGUUCCAGUUUCAGCUCCGUUAUCGCCUAGACCUAAGAGAAAUGCACCAGUUACUCAACAUCAGGGACAACCGACGAAACGUAAACGUUCGGCAAUUUUUAUCCCCCCGAUGCCUUCGGAGAAUAACAACAAUCCUGCCACCGAGGUGAGCAUAUGUAAAUUCAAGUUCACCGGUGGUGCCAAACCGAGCUUGCAAGAGAAAAAAAGCCUUUCCGUGGAUUCAGGUGGUAACUUUAGAUACUACAGUGGCACUGGUGAUAAAAGUAUGCGCGGUUACGAGUUCUUUCCACGUGAAGCCCUUCAACAACAAGCCGGUCAAUCUGGAUCUUCGGCAGGUGCGUUUUUAAAUGCGUCUGGUGAGAGAGUCCAACCUCCGGUAGUUUGUCCACGUUCUAACAGUCAAGAAGAUGGCCGUCGCAAACGAAAGACCAGGAAAUCCCUUCAAAGGGAAAAACUUGAACAGACAUUCAAGGAAAAGGGUUUUCUUAUUCAAACUCAACAAUUGGAAUCCGCGGAAGGUGCUACAUAUUGUAAAUUCCGUCAGUUAAGAAAAUUCACGAGAUAUUUGUUUAGAAGUUGGAAGGACUAUCUUCCUGGUAAUGUGCGCGAGUUAUCUAACAACGGGGAGAGUGAUAUCGUUGAUGGUGAUGUUGAGACCGACGCCAGGAUCGUAUCGUCUCCCAUACCCCGUGAUACGAAUCACGACGCGUCGUCGCCUACGUACGUUGAUGAUCAUCGGACUCUUCCUUUAACGUGAACGUUAUGAACUAUCUUAAAGUGUCUCGUCCUUCGAACUCUCAUAUACACGUAAUGGAGUUUAUUUUCUUGCGGCGAUAUACGAACGGCUAUGAAAAUAUGCAGCAGUGGAACUUUAUGAUACCGAUAAGUCAUAACUAUCUCUAUCUCUUUCUAUCUGUCUGCCUGUCCAUUUGUCUAUUUGUUUCUCUCUCUCUCUCUCUCUCUCUCUCUCUCUCUCUCUCUCUCUCUCUCUUUCUUUCUCUUUGCUUCUUCCGUUCCACUUGUACGCUGUUGCAUUUACGUUGCCCGUGUAAACUCGAGACGAAUUUUACGAUCGUUUUAUGCUCGUGACCCAUCGACUUGUGAUCAAGUGAGAAUUUUCUUAAUAAACGAAUAGUAUAAUUAAUUAGAAAGAAAGAGGGAG